AUGCGGAGCUUAUGUAUGAUCUUUGCGCGCCGCCGGCCGACACCAUCUCAGCCCAUCCCUACCACCACUGAACCAGUCACCCGCCCGAUAAGGACGAGUCUGUUGGAUCCCCCGAAGCUCAUCAAAAUGAACCAGCAACUGGUUUCGCCGAUAUCUACGGCCAUCGGAUCGGCCAUUGGAACUGGGUUGAUGGUCGGAACGGGAGAGAGCUUUGUCCAUGAGCGGACCAUAAUUAUCUCAUAUACCAUCGUCGGAUUCGCCGUUUUUCUUGUUCUCUCUGCAUUGGGCGAGGUCGCUUCAUGGCUGCCGAAGCCAUAUACAGUAGCCGACCAGGCUGUUCGAUUCUGUGAUCCAGCUCUUGGGUUCAGCUUGGGCUGGAUCUUUUGGUUGAAAUACGCUCUCGUUACGCCAAAUCAGCUGACUGCUGCGGCACUUGUCGUCUCUUACUGGGUCGAUGCUGAACGAGUCAAUCCUGGAGCGUGGAUUACGAUCUUUCUCUCUAUUAUCGUGACAACGAACUGUAUCAGCCACAAGUUUCCCAGUCGGAUUGAGUUCUAUGUCUCCUCGUUCAAACUGGUAGUCAUGAUUGGACUCAUGAUCCUGUCUACGGUUAUUGCGCUGGGUGGAGGGCCAGAUCACGACCGCAGAGGGUUUCGGUAUUGGUCGAAUCCUGGUCCCUUUGGCUCUCAUCACCAUCAUCCGCAUGGUUUGCUUGAAAAGUUCUAUAUCACUUGUUCGACUAUGUCUUCGGCUACGUUUGCGUACAUUGGCAGUGAGAGAUCGGGUAUCUGUCACUUUCCGAAUGUUCAAAAGGCCACAUCGCGGGCGAUUAAAAAUACCUUUUACCGGAUCAUGGUGUUCCAUCUUCUCGCAAUCACCCUUCUCGGGAUGAUUGUUCCGCAAGACUCGGUGUCCGUGGCUUUCAACAGCGAAGCCAAUCAUGAAGCUGCGGCGUCGGCUUUCGUCGCUGCUCUAUAUUUGGCUGGGAUUUCGGUGCUGCCUGAUUUGCUAAAUGCAUGUAUUUUGUUAUUCGUUUUGUCUAUUGCUGACUACGAUCUUUACUUGGCUACCAAAGCGAUGUGCGAUCUGUCACUUAAGCGCCGUGCUCCUGCAUUCCUAUCACGUACCAACAGUCGCGGCGUUCCGAUCUACUCAUUAGGAGUGUGUUCUUCAAUGGCAACGCUUGCUUAUCUCAAUGUCCGCCAGGACUCGACCGUCGUGUUCGGAUAUUUCGUAGACAUGGUCACCAUGCUUGGCCUUCUGACAUGGAUUUCGAUCUUGAUUACCCACAUAUCAUUCGUGCGUGCCCGAAGGGCCCAAGGAAUUCCUGAUAAGGAUCUUGCUUUCAGAGCUCGCUUUGGUCUACCGGGUACUUGUCUAGCUCUCGUCUUGUGCCUUUUCAUUGCUGUCACCAUCGUCAUUGAUGCCUUCAGCUACGAGGCCGGUGCCCGAAAAUUUGAUGUCGGGUCAUUCAUUGCAUCCUACAUCAGCAUUCCUUUCUAUAUCAUGCUGCUUAUCGGUUAUAAGGUGGCUGUUGUCAACAGUAAGCGUGUUCUCCCCAUGGAAGCUGAUCUGUGGACCGACAAGAACGAGCCUGAACAUGAGGGCGAAGGGAAUUGA